GAGUCCAUGGAAUUAAUAUCACAAUUUAAAAAUGUGCAUCUAAAAAAAUACGCUAUAUCAUCCAAAUAGCUUAACCUUUGCGGUGUGACACGCACAAGUGUCGCUGUUGUGAUUUUUCAUUUUUUCCGUUUUCUGCCGAGCGCAGGGAGUUGUUCGCACGUCCCUUACAGUCCUGCGUGUCAGCUGAUCAGGAACACAGAUCUCAACAUUCACCAGCAUGCUGCAGAAACGGCCGGUAAACCACAUAAAUAAACGUUUUAACGGAUCGAUUAUUGCGUUUUCUUACAUUUAUUGCGGCAUUUGAUGGACAAGAGACGGGAAAUAGAUCAUCACAAUUCCAGUGAUCGCUAUCCAUCGUUUAUUUGCGAGCAUAUCUCUGGUAUCGUCAAGGCGAGUUUUUCUUUGGUGACAAUGCUGAUUUACUAGGUGAGAUAUUCUACCUCCAAAAGGUCUAAUUCGGACGGCGGUGGGGUGUGCAGAAGGCAACCACUAUCUGUCAUCAUGGACCCCUUGGGAGCCCGCUCCCGGUUUGUUGACAUCCAGACGCUACUGACCUGGGAGCAGAUGCAGCCAGAGCCUUUGCUCCCUAAGCAAGAGGAGCACGACGACAGUAUGGUCAGCCAGCAGUCCUUCUCCUCUCCCUUUCCCUUCAGGCCCGACAUCAACAGGAAGAUCGUCCUCUUUGUGGGUGACGUAGCGCUGCUGAACUGCACAGCAGUGGUCAACACCAGCAAUGAAUCUCUGAGUGACAAGAACCCCGUCUCAGACAGCGUCCUCCACCACGCUGGGCCUGAGCUUCGGGACGAGCUGCUCAAACUCAAAGGCUGCCGUACAGGAGAGGUCAAGGUGACCAAGGGCUUUAACCUGGCGGCCUGGUUUAUUAUUCACACUGUGGGACCAAAAUACAAGACCAAGUACCGCACGGCGGCCGAGAGCUCUCUGUUCAGCUGUUACCGGAACAUACUGCAGCUGGCCCUAGAGCAGUCUAUGGCCUCCGUGGGACUGUGUGUUGUCAGCACCGUGAAGCGAGGCUACCCUCUGGAGGAAGCAACACACAUCGCAUUCAGGACGGUACGCAGGUUCUUAGAGAACCAUGGCGAGGGCGUUGAGACGGUGGUGUUUGCAGUAUCAGAAGACGAAGAGCCGGUCUACAAGAAAUUGCUACCUCUAUACUUCCCCCGCUCCGAGGAAGAGGAGCGGGCCAGUCUGCCCCUCGUCCCGGGCGACAUCGGGAACUCUGAGGGAGAACCCAUCAUUCCUGAGAGACAGAUCCGCAUCACAGAGAAACCAGGGAACCAAGAAGAGGAGUACGAGCAGGACAGUCUGGACCAGGACAUGGCCCAGGUGGGUCAGCAUGCGUUCUCCCGGAUGGAGGGGGACGUGGACAAACAGCGCCGCCUCAUCCUGCAGGGCAACCUAUCAGACGCAGCCAUGCAGAAACAGCACCAGAGGAAUUAUAACCGCUGGCUGGGGCGAGCUAGAGCAGAAGAUCUGUCAGACAUAGCAGCCCUGAAGGCUUUAUACCAAACUGGAGUGGACCUGUGUGGCCGGACGGUGGUGGUAGUGAUAGGCAGGAACAUCCCCGUCAGCAUCAUUGACCUGGAGAAGGCGCUGCUCUACUUCAUCCAUGUGAUGGACCAUGUUGCGGUGAAGGAGUAUGUGAUGGUGUACUUCCACACGCUGACCGGCGAACACAACCACCUGGACACAGACUUCCUGAAGAACCUCUACGAUAUUGUAGACGCCAAGUUUAAGAAAAACUUGAGGGCCUUCUACUUUGUCCAUCCCACGUUCAGAGCCAAGCUCUCGACCUGGUUCUUCACGUCCUUCAGUGUGUCUGGUCUGAAGGAGAAGGUUCACUAUCUGGACAGUCUGCGCCAGCUGCUCACCUGCAUGAGACCUGAGGAGAUAGACAUCCCACCCUUUGUGCUGGACUACGACGCACGGGUGAACGGCCCCUACAAUCAAUCCCAGUCCCACACGCUGUGAGCCUCAGCCAAUCAACACGCCUCAGUCGGGGGUUGGACAUCACACAGAGGAGAGCAUCUGAAGGUCAAUACCAGCCCACAACCCAACCAACCAUCACCUUAGCCAAUGACAGGACUCCAAGGUCUCAAGACCUUCUUCGGUCAUGUUAUGAAAACACUACUGGUGGACGAGCUCUCAACCUGCCUGAGCCGAGAGCCAUUGGGAGAGGAGAGAUGGAUGGCCAUUUUCUGGUUGGUACCAGACUCUUCAGAAGGUUUAUUCCCUCCACCAGUUCCUCCAGUCGGUGAAACACUAAAGACGACAAGAUUAACUUGACUCAUGAAAACUAAAGUCAAGGAGCUUGGAGCUAUAGGUCAACAGCAGGUUUCUCUGUGUUGAUUGACAGCUGAUUUCCAGCCAAUCCACUGCGGCGUUGCAGUAAUAAUAAUAUUGGCAUUCAUUUGCUUAAACCCUUCGGGCUAUUGAGGGUUUCAGGAAAAUCCCCACCUUAUGAAUAUGAUGUGUGACGGAGCGACUGUGAAAGACUACUUGCUCUUGUCUAUGUCAUUCCUAUUUCACUUGUCCCUUUCUUUUGCGUACAUUUUAACUUCACUUUCAAUGCAUUUGUACCAAAUAUGCUUGUAUCGAGGCAAUGUAGAUGUCCUCAAGCUGUCUAAUAGAUGGCCUGCUCUGCUGCGGUUGUGGACGUCUAACUUGUCCAACUAGAAUUUAAUGUUCUGGUUUACAUUCCCACCAAACCCAAGCCCACUGGUUCCACUGAUUUGCCUGCUGGUUGCCAAAGCAUAGCUGGCACUAAUAUCAGCCAAUCAGGCUGGGUACGUGGAAAAACCCAAGUGGUGGCAGCUCUCUUGUAGUCUGAUGGUCGUUUUUGGCAUUCUUGGCAUUAACCGAUUGGCCCACAACUUUCCAGUGGCUGAUCUGUCCAAUCAGUUGAGGUGCAAUGUCAACACAAAGCAGGUUUUGCUUUAGCGCACACACAAUUAUUUACAUGAACUUACUAGGACUAAAGGACUAGCAUUUUUUUCCACUGUGUGUUCUGACACGCAAUGUGUUGGUGGUCAAUGUCUCUCCACCUGUGAUGGAAAGAGAGAGGGAGUAGAAUGUGGAUGUUCUCUGUCGCUAACCUGCUCGCCCCACUAUAUUAGCGUCAUCAUUUGUGGUGACCAACUUCCACUCCAAACCCACAUACACACAAACUAGGUUAAAUGUGUACACACGCACACAUGGGCGCACGCAUACGUGUACAUUCCAACGGGGAUGCCUAAAGAUGGACCGAGAAACGUUAGCUGUCUGUAAUGAAUCAGCCCCUGCCAUGUCGUAAUUCACCUUUCAACUAACCCGACCCCCCUCCAUCUGUUUCCUGUUCCCACGUUCUAUGCUACUUUUAAAAUGACGUCUUCCGAGCUGCUUUCGUCAAAUCAAACCGCUCUAUUCACUUGCCUUUGUAAUCAUCAUUUCAGAACAUAAAGUGAUGGUUCCCCAUUCAGGUGAUCGUUGCCUUAAUUUCAGUUGGGGGUACCCCGGCUGGUUGCCAUCGACUACCCUCCCAGUUAGAGAACGGAAUCUUCAACAACAAUCUGUCCUGACUUUGUUCGACUGGCGAUCACAAGCGUUCAAACCAUGGGGACAGGAGUGCGUUAUAGAAACACAUUUUCAUGUUGUCAUUGGUAACUCUGUUUUCAGGAAAAUACAAGACUGUCUGUUCAAUCAGCCUAGUCAAUCACUCAACCUAAUCAAUAUGUCAUCAGCGCACACUGUACAAUUCAAUAUUGUCAUUAGAUUAGAAUGUAUAAACAGCAAGCAAGUGUUGUUUGUUUUGCUGGAGAUGCUGAAGGGUUACAACCUUAAGGAACAACUGUCUGUUCACAAUACAAAGGCUAUCCCGUUAAAUUAUCGUUUGGUUACACGUUUGAUUAAAAAAGUAUUUGUUUUCGUUAAAUUAUGAAUUUUAAUUCUAAGUCUUUCUGGUGAAAAAGUCCCGCUUCAGGAAUGAAAAACAUUGUGGAAUUUGUCUUUUUGAAAUGAAAGUCCUGCAAACAAGAGUAUUUGUAACAGGAAGUAUGACCUGAAACUUCAGGAAGUAUUUACUAUGAAAAAAAUUCUAUGAAGUAUGCACUAUAUAAUAAACAAAGUAUAUUUUAUACAUGCUACAACACACUUCAAGUCAUAAUGAACGGUUUGUAGUUGUAAUGUUUAUAUUACUGGAGCCAAGGAAAAAUGUUUGUGAACGGCCAGCAAUGUCCCUUUUGUAGCAGAAGAGACUGGGCGGACCGGCCAGACCCCCCCAUGAAGAAAAAAUAAAUUGAUGAAUUUUACAACUGUGUGUUUGAGGUUGCCUAGUGUGUCCAUUCAGUCACUAUUUCCAACAUCAGAGAGUGGGAAGAGAUCACCCCCAGUAAGCCAAGUUACCUCAGUGAGUGAGUUGUUUUGGCAGUUGGAGUGUUAGCUACAGUCUUAUAUAUGGGCCUGAUUCACCGAGCGGCCACUUUCUGGGUGGGGGGACCUGAAUGCCACUCAGCUAGCGUUUAGUACAAAGAUGGAACCAAGAUGGCCACUAGGUGAGUUGGGCCAUACCAUGGACAUAUAAUAGAAGGGCCAUACGGCUCCAGUCUACUGCAGAGAAGAAAUGCCGGGAGCGUGUCUAUGUUCCCCUCUUUGUAUGAGACUGGGGAACAUAGGGAAAAAAAAGGGUCCUAUGUUUCCCGAGUGGGGAAAAUAUAUUCAGGGUAUGCAACACACAGGGACACUAAUCGGUGUGCCUCUGUCCUCUUCCUAUAUAACAAGAUGUGAGGGUAAGAAUUUACAGUGUAAACUUGUUAACAAGGGGACGACCCGAAUCUUUAAUGACAAGGGAUGUCAGCCUCUAAGGUUCCAACUCUAUCAUCAUCAUCAGAUCACAAGAGUUUGCCUUCAGGAUGUUUAAAAUUCCCCUUCCAUGUGGAAAACCAUCUGAUGACGAACUAAUUUGAACCAAGCCUUCUUUUCGAGAUGAAUCUUAAUCUUUCACAUUAACUAUCAAGCUUGGACUCUUCAGACACUGUGAUUUCUCUGGCUUGUUCUGCACUCUCGAAUCAUGUGGCCUUUCGUCCGACUCAACAUUUCACCAUCAGGGAUAGUU